AUGGCCCCGUCUCUUAGUUCCUUUACUGCCGCCGCCUUCGGGCUCCUUCUGGGAUGCGGCAUGCCGCUUCGCAGUGCAUGGGCGGCAGAAGUUGACACGAAAUGGUACGCUCCCAGCAAGAACCAGGUCAAUGACCUGGACACAGUGCCUACUGCGACUGGUGUGUACGGUUUUAUCUACAAUUCCUCCGAAAUCCCGGACAACGAUUAUGGGGUCUAUAAUUGGUGCAAUAUGCCUCACGUUCGCCGCAGCGAGUAUGUGAGGCCCAGCGCGGAGUAUGAGCUGAAAUAUGUCGAGCUCAUUCAUCGCCACCAUAAACGUACUCCCUACUCUUCUAAUGCAUUUCCCGUGGAGUCAUACCAAUGGAAUUGUGAUGAUUCCAUGCUUCAUUACUAUGCCCAACCUUUUUCUGGCCCGAAUGCCGACAGGGUCUAUCAGCAGGGCUACAUCUCCUCCAACAAUCCUUUUGUACCAUCCGGCUGGAUUGGGACUUGCAAGUUUCCCCAAAUCACCGCUGGAGGUCUGGUAGACUCGUGGCAACAUGGAGCCGACUUAUACGAUGUGUAUCACGAUCUUCUUGGAUUUCUACCACCCAAAGGCGCUUCCGGUCUUCCCUCUUCUGUCAAAUACCGCGUCACCAACAAUCUCAUUACCAGUCAGGUUGUUGGUAUGGUUAUCAAUGCCAUGUGGGACAUCACAGAGCCCGUGCCAAUCCUGGUACAGGCUCAAGGCAUCGACAGCUUGGAGCCGCAGUAUCAGUGCAAAGCUUCGGGCGACUUAUACAAUGCCAUCAAAUCCAAUUCAAAUCAGCAGUGGCGUCAGCAUUUGGAUCUAGCCGCGGAUCUCUAUCGUACUCUGGACGACAUCUCUGGUAUUCCGCGUUCGGAUGCCGGCUUCCACGAGUCUUUUGAUCACUACUAUGACAACUUGUCUGCUCGCCAGUGCCACGCAAAGCCACUGCCGUGUAAACUCGUAAGUGGCCGCAAUACCACAGAGUGUGUUACUCAGGAGCUCGCAGAUGCAGUCUAUCGCUGGGGGAAUUGGGAAUACAGUCAGAUUUAUCGCGACAGCUCCUCAUCACUUGACGCAGGCAUUGGAUCCUUCGGUGUAUGGGUCGCGGAACUGACUGCACACAUUCGCAACGUAAUUGCGGGUAAGAGUGACACCAUUUAUUACCACAACGUUGCCCAUGAUGGGUCUGUAUCACGUCUUUUGUCCAUUUUGCAAAUUGAUGAAAUGGUUUGGCCUGGGAUGGGAUCUGAAGUUGUUUUCGAAGUUUAUGAGAAAAAGAAGCAGUCAUCCCCCACGCCUACUCCGACCGGAGUCGCACCCAACUGCAAUCAUGACAACUGUUUGCGCCACAUAAUCCGCCAGUCAGCCACCGCCCCAUCCUACUGCUAUCAACUGGCGACCGCAACAGCCUCAUGGCCAUCGCAAUGUGGCGGCAGUGAGUCUCGCGUCGCAUCGGCCUGUUCAUGUCUGGAUCUUCCCGCGACUACUUCGUCUUCUUCCCCUACAAACACAAGCGAGUCGUCUGCCAGUGGAUACUACGUGCGCGUGCUUUUUGGGGGGCAGAUUAUGCGGUCAUCUACACCUGCACUUGGACUCAUUGACAUGAUUCCGGUUGAGAAACUGCUGUCCUAUUUUGAAGGCUUGGUUGGUGAAAGCGCCACUAAGAUCAAGUCGAAAUGCAACGGCAAUUAG